UUUUUAGUAGUUACAUAUGGGGACUCCACACAGCAAGCCAGCGGAACAGACAACUUCAUCACAUGUACCUGCAGGCCCGAUGGAGGGGACAAGUGUUGACGACUCUAACGAAGUGAUUAUACCCGUAGCCGAUGAUGUUGACAAAAUUUACCCACGUAGUCCAGGAGUCCAUAUUACUCCCUCCGAACGGAUGAUACUUGAGACCGAUGGUGAUAGCACAUAUGAUACUCCAGGCCCGAUGGAGGGGCCAAAUGGUGACGACUCUAUACAAGGAGUUAUACCUGGAGCCGACGAUGUUCACAAGAAUUACCCAAGUAGUCCAGGUACUAAGGCUGUGCAUAUAUACUGAGAUUGCUUUUAUGCUUUUUAUUAUGUGAUAAAUCAAACCUAACAGACUUGGGCAGAACCGAUUCUAAUAGAUCAAGCGUGUUACUUGUAGGAGUCCAUAUUACUCACUCGGACAUGACGAUACUUGAACAGGCCGAUUGUGAAAUGACAUAUGUUCAUCAACCUUCCCAUCUGAUUUCGGGUACGUAUUAUGUUGUAUAAA